AUGAAUAGUGCGACACGAGAGGACAACAAAAUCAGCCGGCUCGAGUUGGGGGAAUAUUUCGUGAAGAUCAAUCAACAAUCAACCGCGUUGAGGAGGGGAUUCAAGCAUGAUUUCCGGGAAACGACGUUUUUGACGCCGACCACGUGUAGUCAUUGUACAAAAUUGCUCUGGGGCUUCUUACGACAAGGAUGCAAAUGCAAAGAUUGCGGCCUGGCUGUCCACGCGCCAUGCAAAGACAGCGCGGUGGCUGAAUGCCGAAGGAGGAAUUCCUCCGGAGGGCUGGCCGAGUGGCUGACCUCUCCCAGGGGUGACGUCAACGGAUCGUUUCGGAAAAAGCUGUUUUUGAGCUACAAUGAUGGUCGUAGCAUGAGCGCCGAAGAUGACCAAUCCCAACUGGUCUCCCUCGCCAUGGAAGAGGUCUUCGAGGACGACAGCAGCUCCCAAUAUGAACUUUGCAGC